AUGAUCUCUGAAGAAACCUCGAAAGCUAACAAGAGGCCGAAGAUCGUGAGAGCUGAUGCAGGAGAAGGAAAAUUAAAUGCAAUGCCGACAUCACUUAUCCUAGGCUUUCAAAGACCUAGCUACGUUAGCGAAUUGGAAUUGAAGCUCAGGAAUAGUGAGGGUUUGAACGAAGAUUACAAAAAUCUCCUCGAGAAGUUCGUCCCUCAGGAAGUCACGGAAUCUGCUAAGCGGAAGUGGUCCGGCUCCUCACCCAGCUUUCAGAAACACUCGGAAGCUGCCGAUAUUCAUGAUGGCUUUUACGUCGAUGAGUCAAUGGAGAAUUGCAGGCACAAUGGAAUAACGACACAAAAUCAACCAGAAAAACAAAAAAGAUUCUUUGGAAAGGCAAGCAUUCGUGGGCUCAUCGAAAGAUUGAGCAAUUAUACUGGAUUCUCCCCAACAGCCCUUUUAAGCGGCAAGAGACCUCGCUUUUGGCAGGAAGAGAUUCUUAUAGAUGGUUUAGACCAUCUUCCUCCUGACUUGUUGAGUCCCAGUUUGGUAGAGUCUUUAGUAGACCUUUACUUUGAAAAAAUUAACCGUUCAAUCCCGCUGCUCAGCAAGAAGCGCUUCGUCGCAGGCAUAGCUUACCGUAGAAACGAGAGGAAUUUUGAGGCUCUUUUUAUGUUAGUCCUGGCAUUGGGAGCUCAAUACUCAAACGAUGAGCGUGUACUGAUUGAGGGCCAACAUCAGUUUUUAGCAGGACUCAGAUACCACAGUAUAGGAAAAAGCAAAAUGAUCGAUCCGUACAUAGACGUGGCGACUAUAGAAGAUAUUCAGGCUCUAAUUUUGCUCCAGAUAUAUGUUCAAAAAGGCAUUCAUUCGAGGAGCGGGUGGAUGAUUCACGGUAAUACUGUUUUGCUUGCUCAUGAUAUCGGCUUGCAUUUGCGUUUCGUUGACUUUAAUAUUGCUCCACAUGAUCUAGAGCUGAGAAAAAGGGCGUAUUGGUCGCUGUAUCUCAUGGAUCGAGUGCAGGCUUCCACAUUUGGACGGCAGACGCUCAUAAAGGAUAAUGAAAUUAGUCUAGACUUGCCAAAAUACCAACUCGGAGAUGAUGAGUCGGAGUACAGUGUCUUGUACUUCAACUCUCUCAUCGACCUAUACAAAAUCCAUGGCCAGAUUAUACAAACGAUUUACAAAUUGAGAAAAACUUCGGAUGGAGACGACCUCUUGAUGUCUUUGACAGACAUUGCGUCGCUCAACUCGAAACUGAACAAGUGGCUAAAUGAGAUUCCACAAAGUUUGGCAGAUAGCAAGAGCAACAAGUCAAUGGAUGAUAAAAACGGUAACGAUGAAUACGUAUACCAACUUUACUGUAACCUGAAGCUAGCGUUUCAUGUUGUGCAGAUAUGUCUCUACAAAACCUUCUUACCAGACCCACUCUCGCAGUCGACGUCGAGCUUCAGGUAUACCAGCUUGGUGAUAUGCACAACCUCAGCCCGCAGCAUCAUUUCUAUAUACCGCGAUAUGCUGCUAGAAGAUAAGCUGCAGCAUCUAUGGGUAGACCCCACCGUUGCCUGGGGGCCUUUCAGUGCCGCACUCAUACUCAUCAUCAGUGCAUGCGAAGGCCUCAAGAACAAUGAUCUGGACACUUCAGUUUUCAGUUACAUACAAUCGGCUAUCCAAGUUCUUAGGCUGAGGGAGGAGAGGGAGGUACUCAAUGGAAGAGCGGUGGAUAUGAUUAUGCAAAUAAUUAAAGCUGUCAAUCUGCCAAUGGACCAAUCGUUCAUGCAAACGCAGGAUAAUCUUAGCUAUGGAACUUUAACCGACUCCUUCCUUCCACAUAUGCCUUUUCUGGACGACUCAUCUGAGACGACUCCUAAUCAGACUGAGUCGACUGAACAACUGUUCAAAGAACUGCUUGGCCAGGUGCAGUACAACACGAUCAAUGCAGCGACACUAGGAGUCAAUGGUACGCCGCCCCUCGAUGGUCUGCUGCCGCUAGACAUCCAGGAUGGGCCAAAUGUGCUCGAGACUUUCCUCAGCGGCAGUGGAGGACUGUAA